AUGAGUAUACCUAAGAUGAACAACGACUCCGUACACUGGUACGUGGGGGAGAUCGCAUCUCGUAUUAUAGCUGAGUCUGGUAUCGCUACAGAUCGAUACCAUCUCGGCAAGUUACUGCUACAGUCGUUAAAGGAUGAUCCUGAAUUUGUAUUGCAGAUUGAGGGUGCCACAGGAGAAUCAGAAACCUUUGGUUCAGUUAUAGAAAGGACAGUGAAAUGUGCAAACUGCUUCAAGAAUUUGGGUCUUGGACAUGGAGAUGUGAUGGUACUGAUGGCUCCUAAUCAUUUGGACAUCACCAUACCGAUGUAUGCUGCAUUGUAUCUUGGUGUUAUAGUUGCUGCAGUGGAUAGGACGUUGACUGCAAAUGAGCUACAACAAACGUUUGCCUUCUCAAAACCAAAGAUAAUCUUCUGCCAAAGCGAAAGGGCUUCAGACGUUCAGUUGUCCUUGAAUAAUCUAACCAUGGACGCUCAAAUAGUGAGCUUCGAUAAAGGGGAUUAUCUUUGCAGUUUUAGUGACUUCAUGGAACAGUAUGGAGAUGAUUCUCCUAUUGAGGAGUUUAAGUGUUCGGAUUUCGACCCUGAGGACUCUGUGGCUUUCCUAAUAGCGACCAGUGGAACAACAGGCAUGCCUAAAGCAGCUGCCGUUACCCACAAGAACUUCUCUAUCGUAUCACCAUACGUGUGGUCCAGGUACACCACGUUUCCAACACCAACCAGUCUCUCAUUGGUGGGAGCACCUCUGCAGUGGCUGUCUGCCAUCUUGAAUUUUAUUCUAUCACCCUUAUUGAGGUUCACAAGACUUCAAACCACACUACCUUUGACGCAGGAGCACGCCUAUGAUCUUAUUAAUACUUAUAAGCCCACGUACACAGUCCUAAGUCCCACAUUGAUGACGACGCUGAUUAAACCUGAUGAUCGCGACCGCUGUGACUUUUCAAACUUUGACCUCAUCAUGCUGGGGGGAAGUGCUGUGCCGCAGACUUUGGUUGAGGAAUUAAAGGUUGUAGCGCCUGAUGCAGAAAUCAUAAACGUGUUUGGCAUGAGUGAACUAGGAGGCAUUGCUUUUCAUGGUGAUAAUAUUGCGCCGGGAUCUUGUGGAAAACCAAUAGGCUGUUUCCAAUACAGGAUUAUAAAUGUAGAUACACAAGAAGAUAUCUACGAACCCAAUGUUCCUGGAGAGUUGUGGCUCAAAGGACCAAGUGUAUUUAAGGAAUACUAUAAUAACGCAGAGGCUACAGAAGAGACCUUCGCAGAAGACCGUUGGUUCAAAACGGGAGACACUUUCUACAGAGAUGAAAACUGGAACUUCUUCUUUGUGGAGAGGAUCAAGUUACUACUGAAAUAUAAAAGUUAUCAGAUAUCACCAGUAGAAAUCGAAGGCGUUAUUCGUCAGCAUCCAGGAGUUCUAGAUGUGGCUGUGACGGGUAUACCAGACGAUGAGUGUGGUGACCUGCCAGUUGCGGUUGUGGUGCCAAGACCUGGAGAAGAACCGACCGCUGAUGAUAUUAAGAACUGUGUUAAAGAUGCGCUGUCAGACUCGAAGCAACUUAGAGGGGGUGUGAUAUUUGUGGAGGCUAUACCAAUGACAGCUUCAACCAAAGUACACCGAAGAAAACUGAAGCAGUUGGCGUUAGAAUUACCAAGAGAAUAA